AUGAUCAUUUCCAAAGCCCACAGGCGCAUCAUCUAUGAAGCUCUCUUCAAGGAGGGUGUCCUUGUCGCCAAGAAGGACUACAACGCUCCAAAACAUGAAGAGCUUGAUGUGCCUAAUCUCGAGGUCAUCAAGGCCAUGCAGAGUCUGACUUCCAAGAAUUUCGUCAAGACGCAGUUCUCCUGGCAGUGGUAUUAUUACGUCCUUACCCCGGAAGGCGUUGAGUACCUCCGUGAAUGGCUGAACCUCCCUGCCGAGAUUGUGCCUGCAACGCACAAGAAGGCAGCCCGUCCCCCGCGCCCCGCAAACGUUCGCGGCCCUGGUGAGGGUGCCUACCGCGCGCCUCGCGGCGACCGGGAAGACUACAGGAAGAAGGAGGAUGCGCCUGGCGAAUACAGGCCCCGAUUUGCAGGCGGCGUCGGACGGGGUGCUCCCGCGGAGUAG